GCGGAGCGCGCGCUGCCUUCGCGGGAGAGCUGCCGGGGGGGGCGGGGCGCGCCGCGUGCCUUCUCCGCUCCCCGCCGAGCGCCCGCAGCCCCGCAGGGCUCGCGAGCCGUAGCUGCAGCCGGCGCAGGAAGGCCGGGGAGGCUUCGGGGGCGCCGCUGCCUCUUGCGCCUUUGGCCGCGGCCGCUGAGGCGGGCCAGCAGGAGACGAGAUCCGCGAAACCGUGGCGCGGCCGGGCUAGGCGCGGCGGUGGGGGGGGGGCUGCUCCGCCGGCCCCCAGUCGAGGGGCCGGGCGGUGGCGCUUGCGAGGGAGGGAGGCUCCCGCUGGGUCUCUCGGCCGCGCCGCCGGAGCCUCUUUCCCGCAGCCCCGCACGCCUGGCCCGGCCUCGGAGCCCCCGUGGAAGGGGCGGGCGGCUGGCUCUGCGCCGGCGGCGAGGCGCAGGGAGUUGCUGCGCUUCCCUUUUGUGCCGUGGCUGAAGGGAGCCGAGAGGAGGAGGCGGCUGCCGCCAGAUGAUGGGGCCAAGUGCUGGCAAUAGACUUCCAAGGUUCAGAUUUUGGUUGAGCACUUGCCAGAAGUAUAUUGAAAAGUUGCGGGCACAGAGAGCAGCACAAGGAAGAGCCAUACUGCAGCUCCAUGUCUGACAGAUGCCACACGAAGGGAGAUGCUGCUGCGCUGACUGGGCAUUACCUGGGCUACCCAGGGGUGGUUGCUGCGGACCAAAGGUGCUGGGAGAGCCCAGUCCAGCCAGGAGACCUUGCUCCGUGGCAGCGCUGCAGAUACACUGCCCUCUCAUCAGCCCCGGGAAGCAGAGGGCCUCCUCGGAGGCGAGGCGCACCCAUGGGGAGGGGCAGCAGCUCUCAGCAUCCUGGCUGGGGGCCUCAAGGAGGCGGCUUCUUAAGCCCGAGAAUGUCGGUGUGGCUCUGAUAGCAGCUGCUCUCUCUCCCUCUGCACGAGGCCCAGCAUUCUGAAGCUAGGAAGAAGAGGCAGAGAGGCCCCCAAUUCCUCCUGGGGUCACGGCAGUCUCCAAGAGAAAAAGGUCUUCUCUGGACAGAGACAUUUUCAAAACAUGAGAACUCAGACGGCAAGGAGGCCCUGUGAGUUUUUCUUCUGCAGUUAAAGGUCGGGUUCCCGAAGGUGGAGGUUCUCGUUUUGUGUGCUUCAGUGCCGGAAGACCAUCUCUGGGCUGGUCUGUGGGACUUUCAUGGCUCAGAAGGAGUAGUCCAGUGGAGUCCAACUCUUGACCAGCCCUGCUCCCCCCUCCCCUUUUCCAUUGGCUGCAGCUGUGUGGAGGGGGCCUUCUCCUCAGAGUCCGCCAUGAAGUUUUCCUUGCGUUUCUGGUUCCUCUCCACGGCGUUCCUGCUUGUCUUCAUCAUGUCACUGCUCUUCACCUAUUCCCACCACAGCAUAGCAUACCUGGACCUCGGUGGACUAAACGGACUCCACCGGGUGAAGCUGGUGCCCAGUUACGCUGGCAUGCAGCGCCUGAGCAAGGAGGGGCUCUUGGUGAAGAGCUGUGCCUGCCACCGGUGCACCAUGGAGUCCAGUGACACCGCAUGGUUCGACAGCCGCUUUGAUGGCAACAUCUCCCCAGUGUGGACCAAAGAGAACGUGGACUUGCCGUUGGACGUCCAGAGGUGGUGGAUGAUGCUGCAGCCCCAGUUCAAGUCCCACAACCUUCACGAAGUGCUGAGCAAGCUCUUCCAGAUUGUUCCCGGAGAGGAUCCAUACAGGUCCCGGGAAUCUCCGUUCUGCCGGCGCUGUGCUGUCGUGGGCAACUCCGGGAACUUGCGCGGCUCCAGCUACGGCCAAGACAUCAACGGGCACGACUUUGUCAUGAGAAUAAAUCAGGCACCUACAGUGGGCUUUGAGGCAGAUGUUGGGAGCAGGACAACCCACCACUUCAUGUACCCCGAGAGUGCCAAGAACUUGCCUGCCAAUGUCAGUUUUGUUCUAGUGCCCUUCAAAGCCUUGGACCUGCUAUGGAUCGCCAGCGCCCUCUCAACAGGCCAGAUCCGAUUUACUUACGCACCAGUGAAGCCGUUCCUCCGGGUGGACAAAGAGAGGGUUCAGAUCUACAAUCCCGCAUUCUUCAAAUAUAUCCAUGACCGGUGGACAGAGCACCAUGGCCGCUAUCCCUCCACAGGCAUGUUGGUGCUGUUUUUCGCCCUACAUGUUUGCGAUGAGGUGAACGUCUUUGGAUUCGGGGCAGACGGCCAUGGCAACUGGCACCACUACUGGGAGAACAACCGCUAUGCUGGGGAGUUCCGGAAAACCGGAGUGCACGAUGCAGACUUUGAGGCCCACAUUGUGGACAUCCUGGAGAAGAUGAACAAGAUCAGCGUUUAUCGUGGUAACUGAGGUUUCCAGCUGCUGCUGGGCAGUCGGGCUGUCGGUGGACGGGUGAGGAGUGGAGGUUCUCCUGUACCUGAUGCCCUGUUUGGCAAAGCUCUUCUUUGAAGAUGAAGAUGGAGUGGCUGACACCAAAGCCGAGGUGGUUCCAGUGAAGCAGAUGCAAGCAGGGACCAGCUCUUCUUCUUUCUUAGAACAAACCAACAAGAUUCAGGAGCCUCCGAAACAGCCGAGCAACGGAGGAGAACAGUAGCAGCAGCAGUUCAGCCCUCCCCCUCCUCCUCCAUUUGUGCUUCUGCCACGUCUGACUCUAAGAUUGAGACCCUCUUUUGUCUCCCAACAAGCACCACAAGGGGCACAUCCAGACUCUUUUUUUUAAAGUCUUUUUUCAGUAAAUGAGAACAGCUUUCUGCCUUUGCCCCAGGAAGUUGUUUUUCUUUUUUGUUCAAGGAGGUGCCAGGCUGGAUUGUAUUUUUGUCCCAGGCACGUAAACUCAUGUAGAAACCUUGGAGGGGAAGCCAGGAAGAGCCUGCAGCUUUUCUGGAGAUUGUAGGAAAACUGACAUCUAGCUGAGGGCAUGGAGUGUUUGGAACGAGGGUAGAUGCUCUUGUUCCCGGAGCACCCAAGAAAUCCUGCCGAAGCGCACAGACUCUGCAGGCUGCGGCUUGGACUCGUCAUUUCUGUCCUGCCUUCCAAUAUGGCAGGUUGGCUUCAUCCCUUUCCUACAGGUUCCUGUCAGCCAGACCUCCUCCCUCUCUCUCUCCGCUGGACAUAGUUUCGGUCACAUGGCAGGGAUGCAAGGAAGGCCUGUCCUUCAAAGCUCCCCCUCCAGAUUGCAGCCUUUCUCCAGGGGAAGAAGGGGCGGUUGACAAAUGAAUCACAUGGAGUCAGAAUCCUGAUGCCUUCCAGGAUUUAAUCCACAAGCGAUUAACAUUUUCUAGGCCACUAAAACUGUCAGAGCUGGCGGUUUUAUUCCCGCAUUCACCUUGUUAGCCAAGGAGAGGGCUUCAUGCCAUUUACCCCUGUCUGUUCCAUUCCUGCCUGCUCUCCUUCACUGAGAGCAAGAGAAGGGGCUCCACAGUGAGCCCGGCUGCCUUCUCUUGCUCUGGGUGCAAGAAACAGGUCACUUCCCCGUUGCUUUGGCAAUUAAGGUCUUGUAGACAAAUGGCAAAAACAAGUUGCCCGUAAUCAGUUUUCUUCAAAAGGACAAUCCCAGCAAACAGUAUUAAAUCAGUGCUUUCUUUCUUGAAAUAAUUGAAUUCUACGGCAUGAAGUAGCUGUGGCAAUGGUGGCUUUUCGUUACAAGCAUAACUAACAAUAGUUCUCCAAGAUGUUUUUGGAGCACUAAAAAGUAAGAAAUAGCAGCAAUCAGGGAUCUCUAAGCCCUAGUGGGUCAAUAGCUUCUGGCCGACACCAGGGCAGCUUUCUAUGGUCAUAUCAAAGUGGAGGGUGCCCUCCCCAAUGGUGCUGGAUCGCCCUUGUGCUUCUGGGACAGCAUCAAAUCUUAUUGCCGCCCCUCCCUGCCCCUACAUGUCUCCUGCAGCUGGAUUGCAGUCUCACUUUGGUGUGACCUGAGAUACCCCUCUGAACUCUCUAGCUUGGUGUCUUGAGCCGCAGAUACCUGCAACCAAGGAGAUGGUGGGUUCAAGUAUCCACAGGAUCCCUUGACCUUUUUGCCUUCUCUCGACCAUUGUUUCUCCCCAAAGGAGAUUGGGGAAAGGUCAAAACUGACUAUGGGGCCAACAGAUGGUGGCCAGUGUCAUCAGAACUGACCUGGAGUUGGCCCUUCGAUGGUCUACAAAUAUCAUGUUGCUUUGAUUCUACAAACAAGAAUUGUGUGACCUUGAGCUCUUUUCCCCUUGAUCCUGAGGUACCAGUUGGAUGCAUGGGCAUGGUACUCCCUGGGCUUGGGGGGUUCAGGGCUGGGAGCCGUAGCCUUCUGCCAACUUCUUCCCACAUCAGUUGCAAUUGCAGUGCCUCCAGCUCACUAGGACACCGUUUCCAGGAGGCUUCCUUAAUGAACUGUUGAUAGCUCUUCACACAUCUUUAUCCCGGUGUCCCUGGAUGGCACUGCAUGGCGUGGCAUGGGCUGAUGGGAGGCUGGCUAAUCCCAGGGGCUUCUGCGGCUGGCAGAAUGGCUGCCUGGCUGCCAUUAUUUCUUGGACUGGACCCACACCCGGUGUCAGAAUGAGGGACAACGCUAUGAAGUAGGGAGGUGUUCUGGUCCCUGAUGGUCCAGCCUCACCUUCUUCCUGUCCCAGAACAGUCCUUGCCAAAGCAGCUGCUGCUUCAGCUCCGGAGGUUGGGGGCCCUGGCCGCCCAUUUCUUGCUAUCAGGCAAACCCAAGGCCUGCUUUUGGACUGUGGCUCAUGGGGCAGGGACUGCGGUCAUGGCCUGAUUCUUGCAAACCUUACAAGCUUAGGAGGCCAUGCAGCCAAAGGGUUUGUUUUCCUUGGAACCUGCCAACGCUUCAAACCAGUGAUGCUGCCCCUCGUUUUGUUAUUUUUUAACUCCACAGGCUACAGUGUGAAAGAAUUGGAUUUGUUUUGUGUUCUGCUACACAAAAUAAAAGCUGUACUUUUUCUUU